UAUCAACUUGUUGCUGGUUGUGGAAACCAUGCUAACAAAGGACAGAGGGCCAUAUCUGCAAGAAUCCUUCAGGAAAUUCAGUAGUCUUGGGUAGUGCAGGCUCCGGCCGAGUCCCACCGGGCUCCUCGCGCACAGACGGAAGGGCGUAAGGAUGACAGUAUGAAUAGCGCAGUGCCAUGAACACACACCCGUCCUGCUCUGCAAUGGAGACGUCUCGGUGGCCCAGAAUAAGCAGAUGACAAGCCAACGGGUGUGCUCUGGCAGUGGGCAUGUAUUGUUGUUGCCCCCUCCCACUCUAAAGUGCCACCGCUAUAUGCACCUGAGCAUGCUAACAUUGGAGGAUGGAGCAGGGGCAGUGUUGUCCCAAGGAGGGGCACAGGUUUCACUGGUAGAAGAUGUAGAAAAAGGCCACCUUCCAGAUGUGGUGGUUGAGACCAAAAUGCUGGCUUCUCCUGAUGCACAUCAUUCUGAGACUUACUUGUCAAUAGCAAUCCAAGUCUUCAUCCCUUUCCUAAUUGCUGGCUUUGGAAUGGUGGGAGCUGGCCUAGUAUUAGAUGUAGUUCAGCAUUGGCUAGUGUUUGAGCAGAUCACAGAAAUAGUAAUCUUGGUACCUGCUCUCCUUGGACUGAAGGGUAAUCUUGAGAUGACCCUUGCAUCCCGUUUAUCAACUCAAGCCAACCUUGGCCACAUGGACACUCCAAAACAGCAGUGGAGUAUGAUUGUGGGCAAUCUUACUUUAAUACAGUGCCAGGCUAUUGUUGUGGGAUUCCUAGGCUCAGUUGUGGCGGUUGUGAUGGGAGGAAUCAAGACCAAUAAUUUUGAGCUGGAUCAUGCUUUCCUACUAUGCGCAAGCAGUCUUGUCACUGCCUCCCUUGCAAGCUUUGUACUCGGUCUAAUUACUGCUGCAGUGAUUGUGUUUUCCCGACACUGUAACAUCAACCCUGACAAUGUGGCAACACCUAUUGCUGCCAGUCUAGGAGACAUCACUUCCCUCGCUCUGCUGUCUUGGAUUUCUACAGUACUUUAUGAUGCCAUUGGAAAACAAGACUGGCUUGCUCCCUUGAUCAUAUCUGGUUACAUCCUUGUGACACCGCUGUGGGUGUGGAUUGCCAAGAAAAACAAGCACACUCGUGAAGUAUUGUACACAGGUUGGACACCUGUUAUGGCUGCAAUGUUGAUCAGCAGUGUGGGAGGUCUGAUCCUGGACUUCAUGGUAGUUCGGUUUGAAGGAAUUGCAGUAUUCCAGCCUGUGAUAAAUGGUGUUGGAGGAAAUCUAGUUGCAGUCCAAGCCAGUCGUAUAUCCACAGCUCUGCACCGUGAUGCACAGCUUGGCACAUUAGCGGAUGAUGAUACUGUUAUCUUCAUCACCCCAGCAGCAGGUUUCUUUGGCAAGGGUAUCCAUGCUCGAACGACCCGUGUUCUCAUGCUCAUGGUGAUUCCAGGCCACAUCAUUUUCAUCUAUACUAUCAGGUGUAUGAAGGCUGGGCACACAUCUUUAUCACCACUCUUUGUCAUAGUAUACCUUAUUGCUGCUUUAGUGCAGGUUGCUGCUCUACUGUACAUUGCCUACAUAAUGAUACAUUGGAUGUGGAAACGCAAGAUUGAUCCGGACAAUUCUGCGAUCCCAUACCUAACUUCUCUUGGAGACUUGUUAGGGAUCAGCUUGUUGGCCAUUGCAUUUCAUUUUCUAUAUUUAGUUGGAGAUAGAGAUACAGAUGUGGGAGACUAAACUCUCAUUGAGAGGCCUUACUGAUGAUCCAUUCAUUUUUAUGUAUGAAUAUGAACUAGGAAACCUUGUUUCAAGGAACAAGAGUUUUAACUUUUAAAAUAAUUUUGUUCACACAGGAACUAUUUAGGAAUAUUUAAAGAUGAACCAAAGGAUGGAGACUGAGAGAACCUUCAUUGAAUUCAGUAUUCCUCGAAACUAGGAAAGCUUUCUCCUUUAUGUUCCAAUGUGUCAUUUUUAUUGAAGAAAAGUUUUAUUUAUAAAAUUUUGUUUGUACAUGAACCAUAUAGGAAGACUAAAGUUAGUUCACAAUGAUGGAGACUUACAGAACCUUGACACAGAAGUUCAGCAUUCUUGUAUACAGUUUUUGAUAAGGCCCUUUGUUAGAGUGAUCAAUUAUCACUUAAUAAAAUUAAAACCUUUUCCUCGAAAUGACUAAACUAUGCCUGUCCAGUUUUAUUCAGUUGAUUACCCCAUGACUUACAUGCAGUAAUGUCACUUUUGCUUUUGUAUUGACUUUGGGACACAUUCUGGAGAACAUUUGUAAGACAGUAAGUAGUUUUAUAAAACUGGAAAUGAAUGCAUCUUUACUUUAUGGUUCCUUAGUCUUCCACAUGUGACCAGUGUAAUACUUCUUAAUGCAUUUGUAAGUCAGAUGUUGGGAAACCAGAGAUGUCUGUGUUAUUUAAACAAAUUGUCAGUCUUUUACCACAAGAUUUUAAUUAGAGGUGUUUGUUUUCAUAUUUUAGAGGUUUUGUUUGUGACCAUAGUACAUAUGCAAUUGGUAGUCCCAUGACAUCAGAACCCUAAAAAAUUAUGAAUUAAUUAUGACAUAUUUGAGAAUUCUGAAUUUGACUUCAGGAAAUAUUGCUGUGAAUUACUGUUUGAAUCACUUAUGCUUAUAUUGAAAUAAUUUAUUGUUAAAAUCUAAAUAUGUUUAUUUUAUGCCCCAUACAUUUGUUCAUGUAUACCUUAUAAGUUUAAAUGAGUGGAUAAAAUGUUGCUGCAUAAUUCCAGAAGAUUAUAUAUUGGCAGUACAAUCAUAAUAUCUAGUAUUUAGGAAGUGUGCACUACAGUCUUCAGGUUAGUGUAAUUUUAAGUUAGUUAAGAUUUGUUUUUAAUGAAAUAAUUGCCCCAUCUAACCAUAGCAGUUGAGUUGCAUUUGAUCCUGUCAGUCUUCUCUGCCUGGAGUGAACCAUUUACCUGGGGAGUUCUAUCUGCUAUAGUGUAAUCUACCCUGGGUAGUUCCUUUCAGCCAUGUAAUUCUGAAUACUUUACAAUGCAAAAUCUAAACUAUCUUAAAAAAUUAUGAUUAUUGUAAAGUCCAGUAAACAAUCUUAUUUACAUACACUUGAUCUAUUGUGCGCCAUUGUAGGAACACUCAAGCACAAAGUGAUCUCAACCUGCCACCUGAACAAUGGAGAAAAAUUGGAUAGAUGGCAGGUAUUAUGCUGUGUGUUCUAUGUAGUGCUGCCACCUAAAUAAUGAAAUUCUAACUAAUAAAAGUUCCAGCUUUUUAGCUAGUCAUACCCAAGACCUAUAUGCGAUUUAAAUUAAAGUAUGUAAUGGCAUAUCAUACCUAUUGUGUUAUCAGUGGACCAUGAUUGAACAUUCUCUCAUACCCAGCCAGAAGUUUAAUGAUAUUCCAUUUGGAUAUUUAGAACCACUUAUGGUUAAAAGACGCAUGUUUCACAUAAUUGUUUAUCUUCCCUUUUCUCUUUCCUGGAAGUCAUUUUGGAAUGCAGUGAAAUCCUUGUUUAAUGACUCUCUGGGUGAAUGACUUUUUCUUACACUAAACUGAGUUUCUCAUUAAAUGGGGGUUAUGAAAAAUGUCAAGAAAGUGUUCUUUUUCUUAUAAUGGCAUACUGUGUAUAAUUCUCUUUACAUAUAUAAAAGCCCACGGCUAACUGGAAUGUCCACAUAGAAAGCUGUGGAAGUAGCCAUGGAAUUAGCUGUCAGGCAGCAUUGCAGUUAUGACCUUCAUGGAAAACAAAUUUCCGUUGUUGAUAGCGUGUAUUUGCAGUGAAAAUGUGAUUUAGUGUGUAUGAGAUUGAUAAGUGGAUGCAUAAUAUGUGGAAACUGUAGCGGAAGGUGGGAGUUAUUUAUUUUGAGGGCUCUCCAUUUUUUCUAUUCCCCCCCACCAAUUUCUCUCUGUGAAGAACAACUUGUGGCUGCACAUUAAGAGUUAUCUGAUUAACCACCAGGCAGCAAUGAAUUGCAGAAAUAAACUGUCCAUUCUCAAUAAUGUGCAUCUUCAUUGAAAUUGUAAUUUAAUGUAUAUAAAACGUGGCUCAGUGGAGGGAUAAUUUUGGGAGACUGCAGCUAUGAAUGGCAGAUGUUUGGUUUGAAGCCUUGGUAUAUUGGUGAAUGAAGGCAAUUCAAGGUAUUUAGUUAUACAGUGAUUGGGAAAUGUUACUCUUUAUUUAUUUUGACAUCUUUCUGAAUAAUGUGCAGCUAAAUAUUAAUACAGUGGGAGGUAAUAAAAUUUAAAUGGUGAAAAAUGGAGUGUGGGAUGGUAGUGUGGAAAUAAUAACUAUUAUUGGGAUUUCUAAUGUGUGUGUGUCAGUAUUUAUUUUGUACCUGAAGGUCAAAUCACUGAAGCACCAACUGUUAUAAUUGGUUGAGACUGAAAGAACUGUAUCUUUAAUGUUCAGUGGUGAACUAGAAGAUGUCUAUUGUGAUGCCCUGUUACCAGUUGAAAAAGAUGGGUUAGGUAUUUUGAUGAAGUUUGCUUAUAGAAAUAAGCUAGUUUUGCCAGAAACAUUCCGUCAAACUAGGAGCAGCGUAUUGUUAUUCUGUCAAGUUUAGUACUGUAGUAUAAAUGAAGCAGGCUUUUCAAAAUGUUUCAGUUAGGCAUUUUUGAUAAAGUUUGUUUAUAAUAGUGUCUGUGCUCAAAUUUCAUUAGGAGUUAUGCAAUUGAUUGAAAUCUGUGUUUUACGCAACUUGUUAAAGCUCCUCUUUCUUCAGAAAUAAAUACUGUUACAUGAUUAGUGACAUGAAAUUACUUUCUGAAAUAAUUAAUGGCAUAUGGUAUAAACACUGCUAUGAAGGAACUGUCUGUACACAUAAAUAAAAUUACACAGUCAGUGUUUUAAUUCAUUAAAAAAAUAAUAACUUACAAAAUUAACACAGUGAUUGUGUGGGAACAGUUUCCCACAGAGAGAAAAUGUGAAUAUCUGUUGCUGUUUUUGACCACAUUAAAUUGAGAUGUAAGUUCUAGAGGGCUAAAAAUUUCGCACACCAAAGAUGGGUU